GGGCGUCCUACACAGGCGUGACGUUUAUACGAACGGGACUUUGCUCUCUUGUUCUAUUUAUACUCUUUGGUGUCAGCAAAGGUGUCAGUCAGAAGUGUUACAAUAUACAAGACGAUGAUCGGAUAGGCAUCCGAUACAGCAGGCAAGAAGCUAUAUUUACAGCAAUAACGAUCUGUAGAUGGUGUGCUAAUAUUUAUAAGUGAUAAAGAUAUUCUAAUAAAUGGAUACAUUAGCUGAUUCAGUAUCAUCUGAAAAUGAUGAAGAAUCAUUUGAUGAAGUUUUAGAUGAGUUUUCAGCCUUGCCAUCCAGUCCAGUUCCCAAGAGGAAAAUAUGUGAUAACUGCAGCCGUCCUACAAAGGUGUGUAUUUGUGCUGCAUUUCCUAAAGAAAGAUUGAAGAUAUCAACAAAUGUAAUUAUCAUACAGCAUCCAUCAGAGGAAUCUAAAGUGCUGAGGACAGUUCCCAUUUUGAGCUGUUGUCUUCAGGAAGAUAAAUGCAAAGUAAUAAUUGGCAGAAAUUUUUCCUCGUCAAGGUACACAGAGCUGGCAUCUAUCUGUUCUGAUGAGAAUUCUCUCCUGCUUUUUCCUGGUGCUGAUGCAGUGGAUAUUGAGGAGAUUCCAGUUGGCAAUGGGAUGGCCCACUAUAAUCUGAUCCUCCUAGAUGGAACGUGGCCUCAGGCGAAGGGACUGUAUGCUAAGAAUAAAAUGUUACAUUCAAUCAAGAAGGUGCAGCUUAAAGAUGUUGGGCUGAGUGAAUAUGUUAUAAGGACACAACCUACAAAGAUGUCCCUAUCAACUUGCGAGUCUACUGCUAUUGCACUUUCGAUUCUUGAAGAGAAUGAAGAGAUCCGUGAGAUCCUUGUGAAGCCAUUGAGGGUGCUAUGCAACUAUCAAUUACAGCAUGGCGCAGUAGCUCACCAUCACAAGGAAGACCCAGAAUUGCCAGGAAUUAAAAUGAAGUAUAAAAAUAGAUUUAAAAACAGGUGACGUUGGUACCAAGAUGUCCUUGGUAAUAACGUUGUUAUGUCAAGAUUGUGAUGAUGCUGUUUCAGUUACAUUGUAUACAAAUAAGUGGGCCAUACCCAGUACACACAGUGGCAGAUUCAAAGGUGGUCCAGCCAGCACAGUUCCCCACUCCAACCCCCCCCCCCCACAAAAAAAAGAAG